UGAGCCCGCAGUCCACAGAAGUUUUGACAACUUGAACUUCCAAACAAUGAAACACACUGACAAAGGGGAGAAUUGGCUUGCUUAAAAACCCUCCAUAAAGCUAUGACUUCGUUCCUUUUCAUUAUAAAGGUCCCUGUCGAGGAGGCGAAGCACAAAUCCAAGGAGACCGAAAAGAAAGGUAAGAAAGAAGUUCAAACUGACGAUCAAAAGAAAGAUGCAGUACAAAAUGGUGAUAUAAAGAGGGAUGGAGUGCUAACUGAUGAUUUAAAGAAGGAUGAAGUGCUAACCGAUGAUCUUAAGAAUGAUGAAGUCACAAAUGAGACGGAAGAGACCGAAGAUAAAGAAACUUCUGAUCAAAAAGAGGAUAAAAUUACCUCAGAUGCCAUAGAUGAAACAAAAAAUACAAAUAAAACUUCUGAUGAUAAAAAUGAACCGAACAAGACUGAAAAAGAGGUUGUGCAGCAGUCAUCAGCAACAACAUUGGAUGAAUGGGAUUUUGGUGAAGAUGAUCCUGUAAAAGACUGUGAGACAGCAGAUGAAGUCCCUAUCAAUAAAGAAGAAAAUAAACCUAUUGGCACAGAUGAGGUCCCUAACGAAAAAGAAGAAAAUAAACUUAUUGACCCAGAUAAAAAGUCUCCAUUGUUUUUUGAACAAAUAAAAGGAGCUUAUUCUGCGAUUAAAGACAUGGUAAUUCCAAAAAAGGAUGAUUCUUUUUCAGAAGAAGGUAGUAUUGUCGAUGAAAAAUCUAACUUAUUGGUGGAAAGUUGCGAAACAUCAGAAAAAUUAGUUGUAGAUAGAAAAGAUUCUGAGCCAAGAUUUUUUGAAGUUGAGCCAGUUGAUGAAAAAAAAGAAAUAAUACCAAAAUUGGACGAGAGUGAAAUAGAAAAUUUAUUACCUUUAUUGGAAGAGAGUAAAAAAUCAGAAAUGAAACCUUUUUUGGAAGAGAGUGAAAAAUCAGGGGAUCCAAAAGAAUCUCCUAAAAAAUCAUUUGCCGUUACAGCAGUUGAAGCUCCAAAGCCGGAAACUGAAAGCAAAGAAAAAGAACCAAUUCCAACAGAGAAUUUCUAUGUAUCAACAGACAAAAAGAAUACAAUCAGUCUACCAGAGAUUAAAUCUUCACUCUUGCUUGGUAUACCAGAAAGUAAAUCAUCAGCCAGUCUACAAGAAGAAAACUCGACUGCAAGUCUUCCAAAUAAAGGAGCAACAAUAAGUCUUGGAAAUAUUGAAAACUUACAUAAAAAGGUUCAGUUUUUGUCACAAGUUUCAGCUACUGAUGAAGAAGAUCUUCAUCCAUUCAUUGAACCAACAACUAUUCUAGAGGAUACAGAAGCUAUAUUAGAUGAUUUUGGAAUUGAGAAUUAUGUUGUGUCAAAAACAGCUACUGGAAAAUUUUAUCAGAUACUAUUUAUAGAUGAAGGAGGAGAAAAGUGUGAAAUGAUACUAAAUAAAUUGGUAGAUCAAGGUAUUGGGAAAAUGGAUAAUACUUCUGUAGGAAUUUAUCCAUCGAGCAUAUUUAAAGGUGCAGCAACAGUAGUAGAUAACAGUGACGAGGGUGAUCUUGACAGUGAAGGAAAUAUACUAGGUGUUAAAAGAUCAAUAUAUGAGGGAGAAUUUAGGAAAUCCAUCAAAGCAAGACUCUUAGUGUCACAGGUGGUGAGUUCUGUGCAGGGUAAUGCAGAAUUUAAGUUUGACUAUCUAAUGCUUAUAAUUACAGCAAGUAUAAUUGCAGCAUUAGGAUUAAUAGAGGAUAGUUCUGUAAUACUGGUAGCAAGUAUGCUGGUUUCUCCUCUAAUGGGACCAAUUCUAGCAGGAACUUUUGGAUUUGUUAUAAAAAACUACUCAUUGAGGAAUUUAGGAAUAGCUUCUGAACUGAAGGGCUUAGCAAUAUGUGUUCUAUGUGGGUUCAUAGUAGGGUUAAUUGCAUCUGGUAUUGCUGUCAAUUAUGGAACACUGGGAGGAACAGAAUCAUGGCCGACAGAUGAAAUGAAAAUCAGGGGAGUGGUGAGAGGUCUUGUUCCAGGUUUAAUGAUUGCCUUAGCCUCUGGUAUAGGGGUAGCCUUGUCUGUUUUAGGAGGUAACGCUGGGUCUUUGGUGGGUGUGGCCAUCUCAGCUUCACUCCUCCCUCCAGCUGUAAAUGCUGGUAUGUUGUGGGCACAUUCCAUUGUAACUGUGAUAAAACCAUUAAAACUAGUCCCUGAAAUAUUCAUUGAAAACCAGGUAAGUAAGACUUUAAUAAACAAAAUGAGAUAG